AGGUAUGGUGGACGAGGAAGUCAUCCGCGUUGUCAUGGAUUCGCGGACCAACAUCCUGGGCCUGCUGUCCGUGUCGGUGAUGCUGGGCGCUGUGCUCUCGGUGACGGCGAGCGAGUCGGACUCGCUGCUCAACCUCUUCGUAGGCCUGAGCAACGCCACGGUCACGGUGUCCCAGCUGACGGCCUGGGUGUCGCCCGUCGGUGUCUUCUUCCUCGUGGCCACGCGGCUCUCGCAGACGAGCGAGCUGGACCACUCGUUCGGUGCCAUGUGCACGCUCCUGCUGGUCAGCGUGGCUGCACUGGCCACCUACGGCCUCGGUGUCCUGCCCGCCUUAUAUAUGCUCGUCACUAGGAAGGAUGCUCGCCACUUCCUGCGCAUCACGUGUGUGCCGGCGAUGAAGGCGUUCCGCUCGGCGUCGCGCACCGAGAGCGUGCCGGGCACGAUCGAGGCCCUGGAGGACCUGGCGGGACUCGAGCCGCGCGUCGUGCGCUUCGUCAUACCUGUGGGCGCCAACGUGAGCAUGUCCGGCACGGCUGUGGUCGCCGCCGCCACGGCCGUCGUCAUCGCCCGCCUCGACGGCGUCGAACUGGGAGCCGUCGAAGCCUGCAUUAUCGGCACGACUGUAGUGCUGGCCAGCUUGGGUGCGGCGAGUAUUCCCAACAGCAGCGUGCUCACGGUGCUCAUGAUCCUCAUGGCGCUUCGGGUGUCCAGCCGAAACAUCAGCCUCGUCUUCGUCAUCGACUGGGCUGUUGACCGCUUCCGCACUACGGUAAACAUCUACAGCGACUCUGUGGGUUCGGCCAUCGUACAGCAGUUCAGCCCCCUCGAGACCUUCGAGGACAGCGGCGAGGAGACUUCCGUCGUCCAGACACAAGCCGCACCAAAGCCGGCAGUUCCGCCGCAAUCGAAGCCAGAACCGGAGGCGAUUGUCCCGGAGACUUGGCCCAAGGACGAGCUGAACCGAGAGAGCGUGGAAGAGCCCGAGGUGCCGAGUUCGUGGUUUAAGCGGAGGCUGUCGAUGUUUGCUGGCUUCCCCGGACAGAGAGCUGCCGGCGGCGCAGGGCGCAAAUCUUCCGUGGGCAGCGCUUCUUCUCACGGGUCAACAUCGCACGUGCUUCGUCCGAUGAGCCAGGGUUCGACCGACGCCGACGUGCCUCACUCGCCGAGUGCCGAGCUCCGUCUCGGCACGCCGAGAGCCGAGACGUCGCACGCAAACGACACCGAAUACUCUGGAGCAUUCAGCCCAGUUCCCGAAGGCAUCACGGUUCUAGGAGGCUCGCCGACUGCCGUCAUUUCCCCGGGCAAGGGAACCGGUGCAACGCCGUCGUCUGCGACCGGAAAGCAGGACGGGCACGAAGAUCAGCGGGUGGAGACGCCGCCAAUCACGAACACUGCCGCAUCAGACGGAACAGGCGCUGUCGGAGACGUGAGUUCCGGGAAAGGUCGACGUCGACGCCAGAAGAAGGUCAAAGAGGCAUCCAGGAAGAGGUCUAACUAUCCCCAUCCACGUCGUUCCAAGAAGAGUCGGGCCAAGGAAUCGUUGUCGCCCAACAUGCCAAAAGCCGUGACUGUGCGUGUUCCAGACGAGGUCCCAACGGUAUUUCAUCAUGCGGCGCUCACCAUCCCGUGCGAUCUAGGAAGCGAGGCCUCGCUCGCGCCACAGUUUGGCGCGACAGUUGGCGCCGCUGCAAAACCUGCCAUCUGA